GCGUUCAAGUACAGCGUGGCUGGUAAGAGCAUCAACAUCAGCUGUGCAGUCUGGGACGCAGCAGAUAGCUGCAAAUUGUCAACAAACGGGAGCUCGGCAUCGGUAAUACGGCUAAUUGCCAACUGUGAAUAGGUGUCAGCAGCAGGGGCAGCAGCUGCGGAGCCACCCCCAUCCUUAGCCCGACUGUGCCGCCACCUCCACCUCUGCCCGCGCCCCCUGGCUCCUCCACUCUGCCUGCCCGCUCGGCCCGGCAGUCCCUGAAGUGCCCAGUCAUGGUGGACGUCAGCAAAUGGCCACUCUUCACGCUGAUGUCUGCCCAGGAACUUGUCUCCAUCCGACAGGCCUGCGUCUUUGGCACCUCGGCCAACGAGGCCAUCUACAUCACCCACGACGAUGAGGUGUUCGUGUUUGGGCUGAACUGCAGUAACUGCCUGGGCACUGGUGACAGCCAGAGCACUAUCGUGCCCAAAAAGCUGGACAUCCUGAGUGGGAAGAAGGUGGUCAGCCUGAGCUACGGCAGUGGACCUCAUGUGUUACUGGCCACCGAAGAUGGAGAUAUGUACGCCUGGGGCCACAAUGGCUACAGCCAGCUGGGCAAUGGAACAACUAAUCAGGGCGUGGCACCGGUGCUGGUGACCACCAACCUGCAGAACAAGCGAAUCACAGAGGUCUCCUGUGGCUCUCACCAUUCCAUGGCUCUUACAUCUGAAGGGGAGGUGUAUGCGUGGGGCUACAACAACUGCGGCCAGGUAGGCUCAGGCUCCACGGCCAAUCAGCCGACGCCGCGGAAGGUGUCCAACUGCCUGCAGAACAAGCACGUGGUCAGCCUGACCUGUGGCCAGACGUCCUCCAUGGCUGUGGUGGAUAAUGGAGAGGUGUACGGUUGGGGUUACAAUGGAAAUGGGCAGCUGGGUUUGGGGAACAACGGCAACCAGUUGACUCCAUGUCGGCUGGCUGCUCUGCAGGGCUACUGUGUACUGCAGAUUGCCUCUGGCUACGCUCACACACUGGCCCUGACGGACGAGGGGCUGCUGUACGCCUGGGGGGCCAACACCUACGGGCAACUGGGCACUGGCAACAAGAGCAACCAGCUCAGCCCUGUGCAGAUCAUGACCGAGAAGGAGAGGAUCGUCGAGAUUGCAGCGUGCCACUCCACACACACGUCGGCAGCAAAGACCCAGAGUGGUCAGGUGUUCAUGUGGGGCCAGUGCCGGGGCCAGGCCAUCGUCCUGCCCUACCUCACACACUUCUCCUGCACCGACGACGCCUUCGCAUGCUUUGCCACCCCCUCAGUCAUGUGGAGGCUGCUCGCCAUGGAGCACGACGACUUCCUGACGGUUGCGGAGUCCCUGAAGAAGGAAUUUGACAGCCCUGAAACGUCCGACCUGAAGUUUAGUGUUGAUGGAAAGUACAUUCAUGUACACAAAGCUGUCCUAAAGAUCAGGUGUGAGCACUUCCGGUCAAUGUUCCAGUCACAUUGGAAUGAGGACAUGAAGGAGGUGAUUGAGAUUGACCAGUUCUCUUACCCUGUGUACCGCUCCUUCCUGGAGUUCCUCUACACAGACAACGUGGAUCUGCCACCAGAGGAUGCCAUUGGGCUUCUGGAUCUGGCCACCUCCUACUGUGAGAACCGUCUGAAGCGACUGUGCCAACAUAUCAUCAAGAGAGGCAUCACCGUGGAGAACGCCUUCUCCCUGCUCUCCGCCGCCAUCCGCUAUGAUGCAGAGGACCUGGAAGAGUUCUGCUUCAAGUUCUGCGUGAACCACCUGACAGAGGUGACUCAGACGGCCGCCUUCUGGCAGAUCGACGGCCACAUGCUCAAGGAAUUCAUCAGCCGCGCCAGCCGCUGUGGAGCCUUCAAGAACUAGGAUCCACUCGCCGUGGCAACACCACUGUGGUGCCGUGGGAACGCCAGGCCGGCACCAUGCCCCUUUUGAGAACCCUGCCGUCAAUAACACUUCGCCCACCAUCAUCAGCCAGUUACUGUCCACACACACACACACACACACACACACACACACCAACCAGAGAGCCUGGCCUGCACUUUUUGGGGGGUUUAAAGGGUGACUGCAUUAUUUUGUGAUGACCACUAUAGUGUUUAUUCUCUUUUCUGAUUGAGUGGUGCUCAUGCGUACUGGCAGUGUGAGGGUUUAGAGAGAGAGAGAGAGAAUGGCUUUUGGCUUUGCUACAGGCAUUACAAUGACUAUGCUUUAGCUGGGAACGCUAAGAACCAGUAGUUGCUUAGUAGCUUUUCUGCUCUAAUGGAUUUGGGUGGAAUGGUGUUUUCACAGGAUUUUAAGGAGGGUGUUAUGUUUCCUCUCUCAUGGCCACUUUAGAGGAAGUCUCAUGCCUACAGUACUGCUCUCUGAGCCUUCCAUUCUGCACUUAAAUGUUUUUGGUGAAUGUUACACUAAUCAAAGGUUCUCCUCUUUUUCUGAAAUGUGAAGGAAACGUGUGGUUUACCUGCCUGCCAAGAUGCAAUUAGACAUUCUUUUAACUUUAAAAAAUUGACCAAAAAGGACUUGUAGCCAUUGCUUUACAGUCUGAUUGAAAUGCUGAGUGCUUUGAAUUGCUUGUGUUUGUAUCGGAGAAUACAGUUAAAGAUAAUGUGGACCAGCCUAGCGUUGACCAUUGGAGAAUUUUGAGUUCUAUUAGCAGAAAACCUGGCCAGCUGGAAGUUUGUUUCAGCUAAUCCAGUUUUUGAAAAACAACUCUACCCUGUCUUUUUUUUCCAGGGGAAAGGUUGCAGCACUCACGUUCACUUUGCAGCAAAUGUGCAGCAUUUCCUCUUGAAAUGGUUGCAUUAUUUUCAAAUUUAGUGACAUGGCUUAAAAAAAAAAAAAAAUCCUACUGGGACAAUAAAAUUACAUAUUUUUUGUUGCAAUAAAUGCCAACAUUGCACCAUUUUGUUACAAAGCUGUCAGCUGCAUUGGAGAACAAAUGAGAUAAUAAAUAUUAUAGUGUAUAGUUGCUUUUUGAAAAGAAGAAAAAAACAUUGUAUAUACUGUAUAGUUUUUGCAUUACCUUGAAAAUAUAAUCUAUUUUAUGAAGUUUUAUGUUAUCAAGGACCUCUUAUAAAAGGAAAAAAAUAAAUAAAAGUUUUGUUCUUCUCAUG